GCGCACACACACAGCGGAGGACUUGUCACCGUGGAAACUUGCGAAAUUUUGUGGCUUAGCGAGUACAAAAGGCGACACAGCAGCACGGCUCAGGCAUUCGUUCAUCGAUCGGAGCAACGAGCAGCAAGCAUCUCAUCCUCCUCACCUCAUCCUCACCUGAGCUCUCGGACUGUGAACGCAAACAAGAUAUUGAAAGAUGUGUACCGGCAAGUGCGCCGACUUCAUUGGCAAGGCCCUCAUUCCGCUGGCCGUGCUGUCAAUCCUCGCCAACAUCCUGCUAUUUUUCCCCGAUGCAAAAGUGGAAUUUGCAUCAAAUAAUAAACUCACCCCACAAGUAUGGUUCUUCCAUGGGAUAGUCGGCGCCGGGCUGCUGAUGUUCAUUCCAGCCUUGCUCAACACCAGGCUGGAUGAGAAGGGCUGCUGUGGAAAUCGUUGCGGGAUGCUGUUCUCCGUCCUCUUCAACGCCGUGGGCAUCGUGGGUGCUGGGUACUGCUUCAUUGUGUCAGUCACUGGAAUGGUGGAUGGACCCUUCUGCAUGACUGACGAGAAUGAUGAUGAAUCCUGGAUGUCCCCAUUCAUAAACGACACCAUGCCAACUCAAUAUCUUAACCUCAGUGGUAGCUACCUGUUCAAUCAAGAUGUUUGGACAACAUGUAAAAAGCCUGUAAAUGUAGUCCUGUGGAACAUCGUGCUCUUCUCGAUGCUGAUCUGCUUCAGCGGCGCCCAGGUCGUGCUGUGCGCAACGCAGAUGAUCAACGGCCUCAUCGGGGUGCUCUGUGGCACCUGCAUGAAGAAUGAAGUUGUUUAAAUUAAAAAAGAAGAAAAUAAAAUUAAAGAAGUAAAAGCAAAGGUUAUAAAACGGUAAACUCUAUGACCUGGGCAUUGAGAUCGCUGUCUGGAGAGAAACCUACAGGAAUGCACACAUCUCUUCAAAAACCAAACGACCACUUUAUCCUUUGUUCUUACAAAAAAACGCAGUUGUGUACAUUUUUUAAAAGACAAUUCAGGCUUGUGCACUGUACGUUAUGAAUUGUUUUAAAUAAAUACUUCCGGAUAUGCUA